UCUGCCCUCUCCCUCUGCCUCUGCCUCUGCCUCAUCUUUAGACACUGACAUGAAGAUCUGGACCACAAAGUUUUUAUCAGUCCAUGUGAUUUGCACUCAUUGAAUAAUAGAAAAAGAACCUCUCACUGUCACCCAUGCAUGUUAUAGCAUGACUGAUCCCACCCUCACUCCUGUCCUUCUCAUGAGUGGCAUUGGAGCCCCACCAUCGUUUGCACUGUGGUCGACUGUUAUCAUCACACAGAGGGGUGAGCAUGUGGCCUCCAUAAAGACCUCUCCCCUUCACUUUCAUAGAUGUCUAUCAGCAUCUUUUUCCUCCAUGGCAUCUUCUUCUUUCUCCUGUCAUGAUGAUUUCAUGGCCCCUUCAAAUCUUCAGCCGGCCCCAUCCAUUUCGAGUACUUCAUGUUCUGCUGCUGCUACAGCACAGUCACAUCUGAGGAGGCUUACUCUGGGCAUUCUUCUUCUCGAGCAGCAGCUGGUGGUGGCCAAGCAUGGAGGUUUCUUCUAAAUCUUCUCCUGAAAAUAUUUUCUUUUCCAGCUCACAAAUGCCUUGAAACCAGACUAGUGUUCUUGAGUAAACAAAGGUAGAAGUGCACUGCAGAAAAUGAUGGAUGGAACAGUUGAAAGUGACAAUUAGAUGAAUUAUAAACUUGUAUUAUGGCUAAGGCAGGGUGGUCUAAAGGGAUGUUAUAUGAUACACAUGCGUACUAUGAUUAUUCUUCAAUUUAUUAUUAUUAUUAUUUUUUUUUU